ACAUCAAAAUUAUCUCCCUUUUCCCCUCCACAUUUGUUUUGAGCUUAGUCAUUUUCUCCGACGCUAUAGGUAAUUUGUUACAGUGAUCAUGACUACAAACUACAAGAUUGUCGCGGAGGACCCCCAGUUUCAACAAGAACUUACAAGUGCUGGAUCGAAACUAGUUGUAGCGGAUUUCUUCGCUACGUGGUGUGGUCCGUGUCAGAGGAUAGCGCCAGUGUUCCAGGAGCUGAGUUCCAACUAUCCCAAUGCAGUCUUCCUUAAAAUUGACGUUGAUCAGUGUCAGGAAACGGCUCAGACACAAGGCGUGUCCGCCAUGCCAACAUUCAUGUUCUACCGGAACAAGGUGAGGAUCGACACCCAGAAGGGAGCUGACCCCAAGGCCCUGGAGGAGAAGAUAAAGAAGUGGUAUGGGGAGGAAGAUGAAGGGGAGGAGGAGGUCAUCGUCAAAGGACAUAUGGAUCUGUCCACCCUCAUCACCAAGGCUGGAUGCGAGUGUCUGAAUGAAUCUGAUGACCACCCCCUUGCCCACGCCCUCUCCCAGAAAGGAGGUUACUUGGAGUCAGAUGUGGAUGAACAGCUCAUCAUUAGCUUGGCCUUCUCCCAGCCAGUGAAGCUUCACUCUCUCAAGGUGAAUGGGCCAGCAGAAAAUGCGCCCAAAACAAUAAAACUGUUCAUCAACCAACCAACCACACUUGACUUUGAUGCUGCCGACUCCAUGGAACCUGUACAGAAAUUCAUACUUACACCUGAAGAUGUCAAGGAAGGCGCUCUUGUCCAGCUUCGCUAUGUUAAAUUCCAGAAUGUACAGAACAUCACAGUUUUUAUCAAAGAUAACCUCGGUGACGCGGAGACAACGCAGAUUGACUACCUGGGUAUCAUCGGCAGUCCCGUGCAGGCAACCAACAUGUCAGACUUUAAGCGGGUUGCGGGGAAGAAAGGCGAGAGUCACUGAACGAGGUCUGCGUCAAGAAUGAUGAAUUAUCUCCCUUGGAUUGAAAUACUAAUGGACAUGACAACAGGCCAUGUGAAGCCACAUUUAACUUGACCAGACAAGUACAGGAACAGGUUCAUGUGGCUUUAGGGGUUUAUCUAGACUUGCUCACAGUCACCAAGGCUGCAACAAAUGACAGUUCAAAUUCCCAAUUUGAAUAUAAAGUUACCCAAUUCCGUGUGAUUUAUGAAAAUAAGGACAGUAAAAAAAUCAUUUUUGAACAGUGUUACAAGCUUGUCCCGAUUAACCUGCCAAGCUUCUUCCUAGAUAAAUCCCUGAGGCUUGGUUUGCCAUUUCGGAAGAAUCAUUGAAUGAAAGACCUUAAGGUCAGGCUGGAUGAAGUGGAUUGUUGUCAAUAUGUUUGGGCUCAGGGGUUAUGAAAGAAACACAGCGAGAUUCAUUUCCAGUUUUGAAUCAUUGUAAUUGUUUUUGCAACAUUUAGGAAAUUAUCAAAAAUAGUUUGUAGAAUUUUGUCACUUCGUUCAUGGGGCUGACAGUGAAAAUGUAUUUGAUAUUUUUCAAGUACAAGCAUACUACUCAGGGGUGGAUCAAGGAUUUUGAAAAAGGGUGGGUUCCACCGGGGCCAUUGGUAAAAUAUACACAGGGUGUAUGAGGGUAAAUAUAACUGCAUACUUCAUAACAAUUAUUCAUGAGCUCAUGACCGUUGCUACUUGUUUGUUUUAAGAUACUCCACAUCAUCGUCCUGAAACAGUUAAGAUUCUUGUUACUGUUACAUGACCCUGUUGACAUUACGCAUGUUUGUAUUAUCUUCAAUGCACUGUAGGUAAUCAGGGCGGUCGGGUAGCCUAGUGGUUAAAGCGUUCACUCGUCACGCGGAAGACCCAGGUUUGAUUCCCACAAGGGUACAAUGUGUGAAGCCCAUUUCUGGUGUCCCCCGCUGUGAUAUUGCUGGAAUAGUGCUAAAAGCGGCAUAAAACCAUACUCACUCACUGUAGGUAAUCCUGUUGAGAUGUUGAUCUUUCCAAUGGUUUAUGACAAUAGCUUCUCAGAAUUGAGUUUGGAAAGUGGAUGUUAGGUGAUUAUUUGGUUCCCAAUCUGUGGUAUGCAUUGUCACAACCUUGAUACUUGGGAACCCCUUUUGAUAAUGAAUAUAAAAAACAAAUUAGGCUGCCCUGUGCAUGUUGGCUUUGAUUGCCAUAAAUUUUUAUAGUUCAUGUCUGUUCUGAAUAAAGAUCAUCCCACAAGGUUGAUUUGCUCUUUGUAUGGAGGUGACGGGUCAAUAUCUGUGUGUUUUGUGUACAACCAGUCAUUGGUUCAAAUUACAGAUUUAGCUUACAACUGUUGGUCUGCCAGCACUGUACCUACUCGCAGGUUCCUUGAUAGACCCCAUUUCUGUUGUCCAACUAGUCCACAGCUCAUUUCAGACAAGUGGCUUAAGUAAAAUAACAAGAUUUUAGGAGAAAAAUAACUUGAUUUCAGGAGAAAACUACUUGUCAGUUUCUACUGGACUGGAGGCCAUUCACAAGAGACUCAUUCUUUAUCACUUUUUUGUCUACAAGAGGGGCAGUCUGGUAGCCUAGUGGUUAAAGCGUUUGCUCGUCAUGCCGAAAACCCAGGUUCAAUUCCCGACAUGGGUACAAUGUGUGAAGCCCAUUUCUGGUGUCCCCCGCCGUGCUAUUGCUGGAAUAUUGUUAAAAGCGUUGUAAAACCAUACUCACUCACUCACUUUUGUCUACAAGACUCCAAGUAAUUGAAAGUGUCCAUUCUGUGUCAGACUCUCUGGUCUGGAUACACAGUCAGUGUUAUUGUACAGGCCAUCUCUCUGUGUAUUUUAAAUGAAGUGUAUGUCAUUUGUAAAUGAUACCCUGAAUAAAGAAGGAUGGAAGUUUGUAUCAGUUGUUUCUUAAGUUGAAAACGGGGGGUCGGGUAGCCUAGUGGUUAAAGCAUUUGCUCAUCACGCCGAAGACCUGGGUUCGAUUCCCGACAUGGGUACAAUGUGUGAAGCCCAUUUCUGGUGUCCCCCGCCGUGCUAUUGCUGGAAUAUUGUUAAAAGCGUUGUAAAACCAUACUCACUCACUCACUUUUGUCUACAAGACUCCAAGUAAUUGAAAGUGUCCAUUCUGUGUCAGACUCUGGACUGGAUACACAGUCACAGUGUUAUUGUACAGGCCAUCUCUCUGUGUAUUUUAAAUGAAGUGUAUCUCAUUUGUAAAUGAUACCCUGAAUAAAGAAGGAUGGAAGUUUG